UGGGUAGCUGUCAAAAUGAAUAAAUUCUUACUCAAUUUUGAAUUUACGUGAUUGUAGGCAUUUUGAAGCAAUAUGAGUUAGCCGGGCUGUGUGUUUUGAUGAAAUAAAUAACCGAAGCCGCGUUGACGACAUAACCACGAUCAACAAUGAUGGAAUAUUGCCCACCAAACGUGACCCUGGCAGAGAUAUGGGUGGACCAUGGAAUAUCUCAGUGUUUUAUGGAGACAGCUUCGGCUAUCUUCAUUGGAGGAUUUUUGUUUACAUUUGGACUGAUACAAAUAGUUAUGUAUAAGAGAUAUGCUACAGAAGUGAUGGAUGUGAGGACCUCACGGCUUUUCGCCGUGCAGCUGUCCUUCACGUUGUUUGUACCCGUGCUGGCUGUGAUAAGAUUCCUUCUACAGGCUUUUGUAUUUAAAGGAGGAUAUAUUUAUGGAUAUAUGAUUGUAGCUUUAGUGAUAACUUUAUUAGUGUUUCCCCUAUCGGCCUACCUAGCGGUACUGGAGAGGCGGUUCUUACUACCCUCGGUCCCUCCAAGAGGGCAUGGGUUCGUGCUGCUAGUAUUUUGGACCCUUAUAUUCGUUUCGGAAAACCUUUCCUUUUUGAACCUAAAUAAAGAAGGAUGGUGGUGGCAUCUGAAAAAUCUUCAAGAUCGUUUGGAGAUGGCGCUUUUCGUUGGACGCUAUGUGUCCUGCAUGAUCAUGUUCAUCCUUGGCAUGAAGGCGCCGGGCAUCAUGCACCAGUUCGAAUACCUCGAGGUUGAUGAUGAUAGCCGGAGAAAUAUACCGCCAAGGGAUGACAAUAGAUCGACAUUCCGCAAUGUGUUUACCAAACUACGGACCCUUUUGCCAUUCAUGUGGCCGCGCAAGAGCGUGUGCCUCCAAAUCUACGUAUUUAUCUGUGUCCUGGCCCUACUCGCUGGCAGAGCAGUAAAUCUCUUCGUACCUAUUUAUAGCAAAAAAAUAGUGGACAGUAUAUCCAUCCCACCGCUGGCCUUCCGAUGGGACCUGGUCGCAAUCUACGUGUUCUUCAAGUUCCUGCAAGGCGGGGGCACGGGAGGCAUGGGCUUCCUCAACAACUUGCGCUCCUUCCUAUGGAUCAAAGUGCAGCAGUAUACGACUAGAGAGUUACAGUUAGAAUUAUUCAAGCAUCUACACGACUUGCCUUUACGCUGGCAUUUAUCAAGGAAGACGGGAGAGGUCCUCCGUGUCAUGGACCGAGGAACAGACUCCAUUGACAACCUCCUUUCAUAUAUCCUCUUCUCAAUCACACCGACGCUCAUUGAUAUAGUUGUGGCCGUUGUCUACUUCGUGUCGGAGUUCAAUGCUUGGUUCGGUCUAAUCGUCUUUUCAACCAUGGUGCUUUAUAUAAUUGCUACAAUAGCCGUUACGGAGUGGCGCACAAAGUUCCAGAGACGUAUGAACCUGGCUGAUAAUGAGCAGAAGGCGCGCUCAGUAGACUCACUCCUUAACUAUGAAACUGUUAAAUAUUAUGGAGCUGAAGCUUACGAGGUCGUGUCUUAUAAGGGGGCUAUUGUCAACUACCAGAAAGAGGAGUUCAAAUCUCUGAUAACACUGAAUAUGCUGAACACAUUACAAAACAUCAUUAUUUGCACAGGUCUUCUGGCUGGAUCCUUACUCUGUGUAUCAAUGGUGGUCCAAAUGAAGACUUUGACAGUUGGAGACUAUGUACUCUUUGCUUCAUACAUCGUUCAGCUGUACGUGCCUUUGAACUGGUUCGGAACUUAUUACAGAGCCAUCCAGAAGAACUUCGUGGACAUGGAGAACAUGUUCGAGCUGAUGCGCGUGGACUCGGACGUGCGCGACGCGGCGGGCGCGCCCGAGCUGCUGGUGCGGCGCGGCGCCGUGGAGUUCAAGCACGUCAGCUUCGGCUACGGGCCCGAGCGCCUCGUGCUCAACAACGUCAGCUUCAAGGUGCCGCCCGGCAGCACCGUGGCGCUGGUGGGUCCAUCGGGCGCGGGCAAGUCGACGAUCAUGCGGCUGCUGUUCCGCUUCUACGACGUGAACGAGGGCGCGGUGCUGGUGGACGGGCAGGACGUGCGCACCGUCACGCAGGCCUCGCUGCGCGCCAACAUCGGCGUCGUGCCGCAGGACACCGUGCUCUUCAACAACACCGUCAGGUACAACAUACAGUAUGGAAGACUGAAUGCACCAUCGGCUGAUGUUAUAUCGGCGGCUAAGAAUGCAGACAUUCACGACAGGAUCCUCACAUUCCCAGAUGCUUAUGACACACAGGUUGGCGAACGAGGUUUGCGCCUGAGUGGAGGUGAAAAGCAGAGAAUAGCGAUUGCACGAACAAUUCUUAAAGAUCCAGCCAUCGUUUUACUUGACGAGGCUACUUCAGCACUCGAUACAAACACAGAAAGAAAUAUUCAGGCCGCUUUGGCGCGAGUAUGUGCAAAUAGGACAACGCUCAUAAUUGCUCACAGACUCUCUACAAUUAUUCACGCAGAUGAAAUUCUCGUGUUAAAAGAUGGCGAGAUCAUCGAGAGAGGAAAUCAUGAAGCACUCCUGGUGCAAGCCGGCUUCUACGCGUCGAUGUGGCAGCAGCAGCUGGAACACCGCAACACGGAAGGGCCGGGAGAGGGCAACAACAACAACAACAACGAGCCGCGACCGCCGCCCGCCGAGACCAACGGCCUACUGGCGCACGGACACGGCCACGGACAUUAGACAAACAGUGUACAGUUAUUACGAAGCAGGGUGCUAGUCGGUUCGUGGAUCAGUGAAUUCGAAUAUUAUCGAAUCCUAGUGUCAAUUGUUUAGUUCUGUGGACGUUUAGACGUAAGGGACAUGACAGAUCGCUCGCAGGAGCACCAACCAAAUAAGUUUUGUAUAUUGACGGAUUGUAAAUUUUUACCCUAUGUACAUUAUGCACACAUUCACCGAACAAAAGUUUAAUGAACAUAAGUUGACAUUGUGAUGAUGUAACUAUUGUACCUAGUAGUAUUAAAAUUGUGAUGGGAAAUUUUAUGUGCUAUUUCAGUGUUAUUAAAACUGUUUUUAUUUAUA